AUGAAUAAAAAGCAAUUUUUUCAUAUUGUUGAAAACGACGUAUCUUUAUCGAAUGAUAAUUAUUCCCUUGAUUUAUCAUAUAAUUCUAGUAUAGACAAUGAAAAUGAAGUUAAAAAGAAAAAUAAUAUUUCAGAUGAUACUGAAUAUGCUAAUUUUUCAGAUGAUACGUUUAAUAAUUUUACUAAAAGAAAUGCUUUGAAUUUCUUAGGUUUAAAUAAAAAAAAAUUAGAAAAUUCGAAAUUUAAUAAAGUAAAUGAAAGCACUAAUAAUGCACAUAUGAAAAAUGUUAUGAAUAAAAUAGAUGAUAUCAAUAAAAAACCAUCUUAUGAAAAAAUAAAAUGUAUAAAUGAAAAUAAUUGUGAUUUAAGUCAUGUAGGAAAUAAUAUUUUAGUUUCUGAUUCUAUGCACAUUAAUAGAAAUAUUAAUGAAGGCAAUGCAUUAUUUAAGGAAGAUACUCAUAGAAAAAAACAACACAAUAAGGAAUUUUAUUGCUUAAAACACAUAAUUCAUAAUAACUUAAACAAUAAUUAUGAUAAAAAUGAUGUAAAGAUAUUCAAUAUUUAUCAUAAUAAUAGAGCAGAAUGUUUAUUUAAUGAUGUCAGUAUAAUAAAAUUCGUUGGCUGCAAAAAUAUAUGUAUAUAUGAAAAUAAAAAUUACAUAUAUAAGGAAAUUAAUAAUAAUUUAUUUCAACAUAAAAAUAUAACGGAAACACCUACAUUUAAUCCAGAUAAUGAUAUUUAUGAGUACAUAUACAAUAAUAAAAUGAAAUUAAAUAAUGAUAAUAAUAAUAAUAAUAAUGAGGAUGAUGAUAUUCAAUGUUUCCAAUUUUAUAUUCAUAAUUACCCUUCAUUUUUAAAAGAAAAAAUAAAGAUAUUUAUACACAUAUACAAUAUGUUUAGCAUAUAUCCCUAUAUUAAUCAUAAAUUCAUUGAAGAAGAAAUUUAUUCGGAAAAUCUGAAAGUUUUUUAUUCUUCUGAAAAGAUUUUAAAUAUUAAGUGGCAGUUUUUUGAAAAAAAAGAAUUAAAAAAUAUUUUAAAUGACAUUAUAUCCUAUAAAAAGGAAAAUUAUUUACAAGAAAAUUUUGUAAAAAUUAAUGAUUUUAUUUAUAUUAAUUUUUUAACACAAGAAAUAAAAAUGCAUGAUAUAAAAAGUACGAAAUUUAAUAAUUAUAUAAUUUUAAAUGGAAAUGGACUAUGUUUUUCUGCUUAUUAUUAUUUAAUUGUUCCUUAUCAUAGAUACAUUAAUGAAAAUGAAGUAGAUAAAAAUAAUAGUUAUAAUUUGAGCUAUGAAUAUAUUUUUUUAUCACAAUUAUUUAAUAUUUAUGACAAUUUUAACAUAUGUUUUUUAUAUCCGUUAUUUAUUGCUUAUUUUUUUUAUUAUCAUUUGUUUGUGAAAAAAAAAAUUAAAUUAGUUUCUUCUUUUUCUUAUCAUAACAUAUCAGUGGAAGAGAACAUAAAUCCUGAACAUAAAAAAGAUGUUCAAUACAAUAACAAUAAUGAAGAAUCUUAUAUAGACCAUUUAAAUGAUAUAUAUGUAAAGUUAAAGAAAUGUUUUAAAAAAAUAAUCAUAAAUUCAAAAAAUCAAAAUAUAAAAAUAACAAACAACAUUAUAGAAUUUCUAUUGCCUGAAAGUUGUUACAAAAUUUUCGAAAAUGUAGAAUUUCUCUGUAAAAAUACUCAUCAUUUAUCAUUAUUAUAUGCCGUAUGUAUAAACAAACAUGAUUUUGAUAGUAAGGAAUUAAUAAAUAAAAGUUUUGAUGUUGAAUAUAAGAAUUUAAAUAAUAAUUUUAAAAAUGAUAAAAAUUAUAAUACUACUUUUAAAUAUUUUACAAAAGAUUUCAAUAUUAUUACCAAUGGGAUAACACAAAAAGAAAAAGAAGAAUAUUAUGAAAGAUCAUUAUGUUUUAAUGAAAUUAAAGAGAUUAAUAAUUUGAGGAAUAUUUUUCCUGAUGAUAAGAAAUAUUAUUUUAAUACAUGUAACAAAAUUGAUAAUAUUAUAAAAGUUAGUAUAAGAAAUGAUGGCAUUUGUUUUUUUUACAUGAAAAAUAUUACAGAGUAUUUAUUUUUUUCAUUUUUUAUAAUAUUCAAUUCAUUAGAAAAUCUUUUUCUGUUAAUGAAUAAAAGGAAAGUUGAAGAUAAAACAGAAUAUUUUGAAAGAGGAGAAAAAUAUAUUUUUCCUGUUCUUAAUGAUAACAGUUUUAUGAAUUUAAGUAAUAACUUUAAAAGAGAAGAAAUUAAAAACAUAAAUUCUUAUACGUUAAAUGAUAAUUUCUACUACAGUAAUAAUGAUAACAUAUUGAAUAUUUUUAAUGAUACAAUAAAAAAUUAUUCAAAUAAUCAUAAUUUAAAAAAUAAUUCAAGUGAAGCAUCCACUUUUGUAAAUAUAAACAGAAUAUUUGAAAUGAAUAAUAUAAAAAAUAUUUAUAAUGACAUUUAUAUUUGUGAAAAUAAAAAAGUAAAUACUUUUAAAUUAAUUAAUAUAAUGAAUAAAGAAAAAAAAAAAAUUUUAAUUCCUUAUUAUUUCAAUAAGAGUGAAAUAACUCAUUUAUUUUUCCUAAGGUUAUCGAAUAUACACAUAUAUGAUAUAAAUACACAACUAAAUAAAGUUUUCGAAUAUAUAAAUUAUAAUAACAAAACAUUUACUCCAUUUCUGAAAAACCUUGAAAAUUAUGAUAUGAAUGUUCAAUUAGAUUUAUUAGAAAAUAUUUAUACUAUUAAUGAUGAAGUAUAUUUAUUAUAUGUAAAAAAAAUUAAUUAUUCUGAUGAUAUUUAUAAAUAUAAUUACUUAUAUGUUCAAAAUUACCUAUUGAAAAAUUAUAUUCUUUAUUAUAAUAUUUAUUUUAACAUAUCUGAUGAAUUAAAAAAGAAUGAAUAUUAUAAAUUGAAAUAUACAAACAAAAAUAAAGAAAUUAUUUCCAUUCAUUUCACCUUAUGUUUUAAUUAUGUUUAUGAUAAAAUAAAAUUUCAUUUUCAGUUAAAGCCAAUUUACUAUAUAACUCACAUUGAAAAAAACAAAGAUGAAUACUUUGAAGAAAAAAAUUAUAUUUCUUUUAUUAGUCAGUAUGUUAAUAGUAAAUGUGUUAAAUAA